GAAAACCCCGCUCAAAAUUUCAAAAGAUUCCAAGAUAUACGGCUCUCUCUCUCAUUCUCAGUACAGACAAAACCAACAGUCCCCUGAAAUCUGAAUCAGCACCGCCACCUGUCACAGGCCCCCUCGAAUCUGCAACUCCCAAUCGCCUCCGCCAGCUGUCAUCCUCCCGGACUCCAAGCCGCCAAAAUCUGUUCAUCUCCCCUGUCUUAUCCCUAACCGCCGCGUGUCCCUCUCAACAUUCCCUGCACCCUGGAUACUAUACAUACGUGAUUCAUAUAUACAACUUUGCAGAUUCGCAAAUAGCAUUUACUUUUUUGUUUCUCUGUGUAAUAUGAAGAGAGAAUUUGAGAUGUCGUCUUCGUUGUUCUGCGGCGAUGACCAGGCUUUUGCGGUGGACGACGAAGCGUAUAUCAUCAACGGAAUGCACGAUAAGCUGAGCUUCCGAGCUUUGUUAAGUUUGUGCCUCAACCACGAGGAGCAGACAGCUCUAUUACAUUUACUGCCUCCUCAGCUCAUGAGUACUGCUGCUACUUCUAACUUCAACUGCUUGCCGUAUGAUGUUUAUCCUCCGAUGCCGGAGAAUGUGGCAUUCGGAUCGUUGACGGCUUUUCCGCCGACGACUUUGAUUCGGAAUCUCCAAUGCGGCGGGGGAGACUUGGAGCUCAAGUUUUCGAAAAUGCCGAGGCAGGAGUUCAGUACUCAUCAGUUCGGAUCCUAUGGCUAUGGCUAUGGAUACAACAACAAUAACAGCGCUGUGAUAUCCACGGAGCCGUCUAACUUCUUCGCUGACGUCACCUGCGACUACGGCUUCCGUCACUUGCCGGAUCUCCGCUCGCUAGAAACACAACAACAACAACCGUUUCCUCUGAAUACCGAGUUCGGUUUCCGACCUCCACGCAACAUCGGCGGCUACAUUCUCGACAAACCGACCGUAAACUACCAGCCUCCAGCUUCUCGUCGUCAACCGCACAGAGAACCACGGAAGGCGGCGAAGACGGAGAGUAGAUCCUGCAAACUCGCCCGAGAGAGGCGACAGAAGCAGUGCGAGAAGAUUCGGUACUUACAGAAGCUAAUGCCGUGGGACACGAAGAUGGACACGGCGAGGAUGCUGGAGGAGGCGUACAAGUACGUCAAAUUCCUCCAGGCGCAGGUUAGAGUACUCCAGAACAUGCCGGCUCGAGGCGCUCUCCCCUCUCCAAACACUACCCCCGCCCUCCACCGCCCACUCGCGAGCCUCUCCCGGCAACAGCUCCUGGAGAUUCUGGUGAACUCGCCGGCGGCUCAGACGUUUCUUUACUCCAGAGGCUGUUGCGUAUACUCCGUCGAACAGUUGGCUCUGCUCGGAAAAGUAGUCGACAGAAAAGCUCUGUUUGAGCAGAUGCUCAUCGCCUCUGCAUCCAUGUUACGCUCCUAAGGUGCAGUGCUCAAAUUACUAAUUUCUCCCCUCAUUAUCUUAUUUCUAUUGUUUAGGGGCAGUUAUAAUUAUUGUUAUUACUUAUUAUAGAAUCAUUGUAGGAAGUUCAAAGACAAAACCAAAGUGAUAUUAGUCUAAUAGAUAAGAAAAUCUUACUUAAUUUCAGUUUCAAUUGUUAUACAAUGAAUCAUGAAUUCAUGAUAUAUGCCUCAAAUUUAUAUUUAUUUACAAAUACAUAAUAUAUUAA